CUACCUCUCAACAUUCAUCUAUUUAUUCCCCCACAUGCUCUUCUGCUUUUCCUCACAACUCAUAUUUUUUCUGCCUCACAAUUGAGGUGUUACUUUGAUUCACCACUUUCUCAUAAAAAUGUCUUUAUUGGGGCUUCUCUCUCUGGGAUUUCUCUUUCUAGGAUCAUAUGUCUAUGCGUCCAAUGAUGGUUGGAUUGAUGCACAUGCUACCUUCUAUGGAGGUGGUGAUGCUUCGGGCACAAUGGGUGGAGCUUGUGGAUAUGGGAACUUGUAUAGCCAGGGGUAUGGGACUAACACAGCUGCUUUAAGCACAGCUUUGUUCAACGGUGGAUUAAGCUGUGGGGCGUGUUUUGAGAUAAAGUGUGUUAAUGACAAUAGGUGGUGCCUUCCAACCUCAAUUGUUGUAACUGCAACAAAUUUUUGCCCACCAAACAAUGCACUCCCAAAUAACGCAGGUGGAUGGUGUAACCCACCCCUUCACCAUUUUGAUCUCUCUCAGCCUGUCUUCCAACAAAUAGCUCAAUACAAAGCUGGAAUUGUACCCAUUUCUUACAAAAGGGUCCCCUGCCAAAAGAAAGGAGGAAUCAGAUUCACAAUGAACGGCCAUUCAUACUUCAAUCUAGUACUAAUUACCAACGUGGGAGGUGCUGGUGAUGUUCACUCAGUUUCCAUCAAAGGUUCAAAAACUAAUUGGCAAGCAAUGUCUAGAAAUUGGGGACAGAAUUGGCAAAGCAAUACUUACCUUGAUGGACAAAGCCUUUCUUUUAAGGUCACAUCUAGCGACGGACGCACCGUGGUUGCUGAUAAUGUUGCACCUGCUGGUUGGUCCUUUGGCCAGACAUUCACUGGCCUUCAAUUUCCUUAGAGAUCUGCUGCUACAAAUGCAUCUAAGCAUACUUUAUAUCGUUAGAAAAUCAUUAAACUAUUAAUAGUUUUGUCAUUGGGUGUGUUGGUAGUUAAAAUUAAAAUUCAAUUACUAUAUAUUUGUUACACAUAGUAAUAGUAUGGUACAAGUGGGGGUAUAUAUAAUAGGAAAAUAUCAUAAUAUUGAUAUAUAAUAGGAGUGAGUAAUCUUAGAGGCAAAUGAGAGGGGCUUAUUUUAAAAUGGUCCAUUCAUUUGAAUUGUGGUAUGAGGCAAGAUUAUAUGUUCUGCUUUCAAUUUCAAAAAAGCAGAGACAGUUUAGAUAGCAGUGGUGGAUGUUUACAAUUUACCCGCGCCAGUUUCGUUUAUCUCUUUAUUUUAUGGUUCGUAUUGUGUAUCAACCCCAAAUCAAAAUAAAAAGCAUUAUAUUUACUGGUUAGAGAUUAUAAAGAAUGUUCAAUUCCUAUA